CAGAGCUAAAAUAAUAAAAUGCUGAGCUCACUGUUCCCCCACCCUCUCCCCCGGCACUGGACUCUUCCUGCUGCCGGGACAGUGCCCCAGUAGAAUAGGCAGAACAGACUGGAAGGUGAGGAGAGAAGUGGCCAUCGGACCGGCUCUGAGUGCACACAGUGGGGAGUGGGUGGGGGCCAUCAUGUCCUCCUAUCAGAAGGAACUGGAGAAAUACAGAGAUAUCGAUGAAGAUGAGAUCCUACGGACCUUGAGCCCUGAAGAGCUAGAGAAGCUGGACUGCGAGCUACAGGAGAUGGACCCUGAGAACAUGCUCCUGCCCGCUGGACUAAGACAACGUGAUCAGACAAAGAAGAGCCCAACAGGGCCGCUGGACCGAGAGGCCCUUUUGCAGUACCUGGAACAACAGGCACUAGAGGUCAAAGAGCGUGAUGACUUGGUGCCCUUCACAGGCGAGAAGAAGGGGAAACCCUACAUUCAACCCAAGAGAGAAAUCCCAGCACAGGAACAGAUCACCCUGGAGCCUGAGCUGGAAGAGGCACUGGCCCAUGCCACAGAUGCUGAAAUGUGUGAUAUUGCAGCAAUUCUGGGCAUGUACACACUGAUGAGCAACAAGCAAUACUAUGAUGCCAUCUGCAGUGGAGAAAUCUGCAACACCGAAGGCAUCAGCAGUGUGGUACAGCCUGAUAAAUAUAAGCCAGUGCCAGAUGAACCCCCAAAUCCUACAAACAUUGAGGAGAUGCUAACGAGGGUUCGAAGCAAUGACAAGGAGCUGGAGGAGGUGAACCUCAAUAACAUACAGGACAUCCCAAUCCCCAUGCUAAGUGAAUUGUGUGAGGCGAUGAAGACCAAUACCUAUGUCCGGAGCUUCAGUCUGGUGGCCACAAGGAGUGGCGACCCCAUUGCCAAUGCAGUGGCUGACAUGCUGCGUGAGAACCGGAGCCUUCAGAGCCUGAACAUCGAAUCCAACUUCAUUAGCAGUACAGGGCUCAUGGCUGUGCUGAAGGCAGUUCGGGAAAAUGCCACACUCACCGAGCUCCGUGUAGACAACCAGCGCCAGUGGCCCGGUGACGCAGUGGAGAUGGAAAUGGCCACCGUGCUGGAGCAGUGUCCCUCUAUUGUCCGCUUUGGCUACCACUUUACACAACAGGGGCCACGAGCUCGGGCGGCCCAGGCCGUGACCCGCAACAAUGAACUACGUCGCCAGCAAAAGAAGAGAUAACACCACUCUGCCCUUUACCAACUAGAGCUGGGAACCCUAGAGAUACAAGUCCUCUCCUUUCCUGUAAAUAAAGUCCUUUUGUCCACUC